GACUCGACACUCGUGCUGCGCCAACGAACCGACCAACGCGCUUCCAAAUUCAAACUGCGAAAAUCGAACGCGUUCGGAAUGACAAUUUAUUUUUUAAAUUAAACUACAAUGUGGGGUUGGUUGUUAUGCCUAGCCGCGGCUGCGGUGUUCUUGGACGUUGAAUGCGCCGGCGCAGGCGCCGCGCGUUUGGUGUGUUACGUGGGGGAUUCCCGCGCCGCUGACGGUUAUACAGAGUGUUCCCAUCUCGUUUACACGGGAGAUGAGAGAGGAGACAAGCUUGAGAUUCUUCUGAAGGAGUUUAGGAAGAACAACCCGAGGCUCAAGAUUAUUUUAAGAGUUGCUGAGGUCGAUAAGGACCUGCGCAAACUCCUCAAAUCGAAGUACCUCCAGGGACUGGAAAUCCACGAUGCCCACAAAUCUCUCAACCGGACCAAAGUCCAAGAAGCCGUGGACGCCGCCCGCUCCAUCAUCAGUUCUUCAGGCGGAGGACCAUUGUUCCUCUCACUUCCUUCGCACCCGGAGCUGCUGGCUAAGUACUACGACCUCAGGACGCUGGUGAAGAAGGUAGACCUCAUGAUGGUGCAGACCCAUGCUUUGGGACUGGUAAAGAAAAUGGCGUACCAUCCCAGUCGAUUGAGCGGCAUGUGGGACAUGAUGAAUACGGAUUCCGUGGUAGACCUAGUAGUGGGGCUCGGAGUGCCAGUCUCCAAGGUCGUCAUCAGCUUACCCGCUACUGCCCUCAAGUUCACGCUUGAAAACGAAACCCUCAGUACCCCUGGGAGUCCCACCUCGAACGACCAGCCUAAGGAGGUAGACCAGGCGGAGUUGUGUAGAAUGCUGCAGAAAGGACGGUGGACGCUGGAGAGGGACCAGGAUCUCUCAGCGCCUUACGCUUUUAAGAACACAACCUGGGUGUCAUUCGAAGACUCGUCUUCAGUGGACGUGAAGGGGAAAUACGCUCGAGUGAGAGGUCUAGCUGGAUUGGCGCUGGUCAACGCUGAGCGCGACUCGGACACCCCUUGCGGGCCCACCCUCAGGGCUUCGCUGAUGAAGGUGCUCAACCAGCAGAGUCGGGCACCCAGGGCCGCUGUACUCAGAUCCCUAGAGCAUGAGAUCCUGUCUGCUCCGAGCCACGCUAGAGUGUUGGAUGCCCUGCAAGUGUCUCCAUACAGAAUCACCCAGGUCGUUGAUUCCGACGGCGUCAUUCACUCUAUCAGAGAGGACACCAGGACGGAGUUUUCGUGUUCUCGCCAAGGAUACUUCGUGCACCCCCGUUCCUGCGCCAGAUUCUAUCGAUGUGUCAAGUUUGAUCAGCUCUCCCCGGAGUAUACCGUGUUCGAGUUCGACUGUCCAGCGGGUCUCGCAUUCGACGCCCGGUACGAGGUGUGCGUGUGGCCGGGCAGUCUGCCGCACUCUCAGGCCUGCCCCGGCUCCUCGGAGAUCGCUCCCGUGCCUCACACCAGGUUCAUCUGUCCUGACCACGAAGGUUAUUACGCCGAUCCUGAGAACUGUCGCUGGUUCUUUGCGUGCUUAGACCACGGGAAAGCCCCGUUGACUGCGUACGAGUUCCGCUGUCCGUUCGGUCUCGGGUUCGACGCUGAGAAGCUUAAGUGCGACUGGCCCUGGCUGGUGCCAGCCUGUGGGAAUAUAGCUCGCUACGAGGCUGAGGCUCAUGGGUUCUCCGCCGCUACUCUCACUGGCGCAGUAGGAUUCCAAGGGCAAACCGCAGACGCCAUCAACGUAGCUGCACAUCAGAGUCUCAUUUCUGGAGCCUCCCUCAAUAACUUGGUCGGAAUCCAAAACGGAUUCCUAACCAAAGAUGACGCAUUAGACGGCAACUUUAUAGCUUCUCAGGAGUUGGCUAACAACCAAUACAAUCUAGGUCUAUCUCACGCUCCAGAUAUCAAUGGGUUAGCCUAUCAAAAUGGUGACAUAGGAUCACUAAAUGCAAAUAUAGGAUUGGUGCAACCGACGCAAUAUACUAGUGGUCAAAUUAUAUUAGGCGACUAUAGAUUACCCUCUAAACCUAAAACUCAAAACUACGCCCACGCUAAUGUUAAUGUCGGACAGAACAAUGGUUUUAAUGUUUAUUCGGGAAAAUAUGAAAACAAUUACGAUGAUAAUGAAUCUGGUGCUUAUGUGCAUGAUCCUUCAGGAGAUUAUGCAGAGCCUUACAAGCACAUUGAUGCCCCAGCACAGCCUUACAUACACGAUGACCUGGGAUACAAACACACGGGUGAUAACUACGACACUGGAAAAUACUCUGGCUCAUCUUCUGAAAGCGAUUAUCAGGAAAAAUAUCAUGGUGGAAGUAACGGCCAGUAUGUAGCGGGUAACUCAGGAUCAUAUGUAGAAUCAGGUUCUUCUAGCAAUGGAUAUAGAGGUGAUAAUUCUGGAUUUUACUCACAGUCCAGUUAUUCCAAUAAUGGUUUCCGUGGAGAUAGCUCAGCCACAAAUGCAAAAUCAGAUUACUCGAGUGGUGCUUAUCAAGGAGGCAAUUUAGGAUCAUAUGUACAAACUGAUUUGUCCAAUACUGGAUACAAAUCAGACAAUUCAGGAGCAUACGUUGAAUCUGGAUACUCCAAUAAUGGACAAUAUUCUAGUUCAUAUUCCACAGACAAUUCCGGUUCUUACAAAACUGAUUACUCUGGCUCAGUUUCGAAUGAUAAUUCAGGACAAUAUGUUGCCGGAGUCUACAGAGAUGACGGUCACAUAGGCAGUGGAGGCAAUUCAUUUGGAACCAAAGGAAAGUCAACGCAUUCUAUUGAAAUAAAGCACGGCGCCUAUAGUAGUGCUAAUACAGGAAAUUACUUGAGUAAUUCGAAAGCGUAUACUGGAGCUUCUCACACAUUGACAGCCGGAGCAGUGAACGUAGGACUAGUAGGAAAAACUACAUUAGUUGACGCAGGUUAUUAUGAUCAAUCCAAUUACCAAGGAGAAUAUAAUGCCGCUUCAAAAUCCUCUAGUGAAAUCAGCCAUAAAACACUACAUUCAGGUCAAUUGUCUUAUGUUGAUCAUCCAGCUGUAUCUGUAAGCCAUGUGGGCUCAGAUAUUCACAAUAUAGACGAAUAUGGUUACGUGACUACACCAACUUCUUCUGGUGUUCCGACUACUGCUACUCCCUUCGCUGUAACUACAGCAAUACCGGUUACUUCAUACAAGACUACAUUUGUUCCAGAAGAACCGAAAUCCACAAUUAAACAAAUAUUUGGUAUUACUCACCCUGCAGUGACUUACGUCCAACCCACUGUUGUAGCCGUACAACAGUAUGUCACUCCGAAAGUGGAAGUAUCGGAUUAUAAUCAAGCAGUCAAUUAUCAAUUCGAAAGUCAGAAUUACAACUCCAACCAAUAUGGAUCUAGUCAGUCUUCUGCGGAGAAGUCCGGCUACCAAUAUUCUAAACCUAGCAUUAAAUUUGAAGAUGGUCUGACUUAUACGACAGCUGCUCCCGUAGUAUCAACCUUCAAACCUCAAGGAUUCAAUCACAACCAACAAACUUUACAUAAUAUUGCGUCAGUCGGAUUUGAUUAUUCGACUGCGGUACCAGUAACAGAACCACCAUUUAAAAAGAUCGCUGCUUAUACUACUGGGCCAUCCGUUACAGAAGCAAUACCACAUGCUUAUAGCCACCAGACCAUCCAUAAAGUAGAAACAAGCAAAGUUAACGUACCAUCAGUUCAGCAAACAGGGUACGAAUACGAGGGACCACAGACAGUAGUACAAUACACUACAGCCCAACCAGCUGUUGAAUCUACUUACCAACCUAAGGGCUACAGCCAUCAAACAUUGCAUAAGGUUGAUGCCAAUCAAGUAAAAACUCAUUCUCAAGGAAACUCUGAAUCCGGAUAUGAAUAUGCCAAGCCAGCAGUAAAAUUCGAAGAAGGGGUAAAAACAGUUUACGAGUAUUCAACACCUACCUCAGUUUCUACAUACGAACCACAAUCAUUUAGUCACCAGACUAUUCAUAAUAUUGAAACCCAUAAUUAUUUCCCCGUUUCAUCAACACCUGCCCCUAAAGUGGAAACAGUAUAUCAACCUGCUGUUUCUGUAUAUAAUAACCCUCUAUUAACCUAUACUGAGAAUGUUACUCCCACUGCUUUUGUGGAACCGUCUUAUAAAACUCAUGCUUAUAGUCACCAGACUAUUCAUAAAUCGGAAGGCCGAAAAGAUUACGCUUCAUCGAUAGAUAGUGACAGUAUUGGUUACCAAUCUAGCGUUUCUUAUGAGCAACCAAAAACUGACUUCACUUACACUACCGCUCAGCCAGCUAUCGCAGUUCAACCCGUCAUAUCAACAUACCAACCCCAAGUAUUCAGUCAUCAAACAUUACAUAAUGUAGAAGCCAGUAAAGUUAACACGUAUCAUGGAUCAUCCGAAUCAGGUUAUGAGUAUAAAAAACCUGAAAUUAAAUUUGAAGAAUCUCCAGCGUACCACUAUUCCACGCCAGUCACUGCAACGCCUGUUCCGGUAGUGUCAACUUAUAAACCUCAAAUUUAUAGUCAAGAAACGAUUCACAAAGUUGCUCAAAACUAUGUUCCAGUUUCAUCUACGCCUAAAGUAGAACUAUCUUUCCAACAGCCUGCAGUGACAAUUUAUGAAAACCCUAUCUUGAAAUAUACAGCAAAUAUUACACCAGCCACCUAUGUCCAACCAACAGCUUCUGUGUACACACAAACUUAUCAGCCAAUUGUUGAACAUAAACACGAAGUCACUCAUAUAAGUCAGCCUGUCAAAUAUGAAGCUACUGCUCAAGAGUCCUAUUCCCAAGGAGGUUAUUCUUAUAGCCAGCCAGAGAUCCAACGAGAAGUUGAUUACAGUGCUCAAAAGUCGCAUUCUGAUGCUAGUGUUGUAUCUCAUCAAAUAUUCCAUCAAUCUAGUGUAAGUUCUCAGCAAGAUUCCGGUAAGGAUGUAUUAUUUGUAUCGACAACUCCAUCAACACUAGCUUACGAAGAACAUUACAGUGAAUAUGAAACUCCGAAAAAGGUUUUAUCAUUUACGUCUCAGGAACAUCCAUUGAGAACUGAUUAUCAACAGUCCUACUCCGUUGCGUCUUCUGUAUCUCCACCGAUUGUUCAACAUCAAAAUUCAGUGAUUCAUAAAGCCCAAGAAGAGAUUAAUUAUAAACCAGUUGAAUAUUCUCAACAAUACGAAAUUAAGCAAUCCCAGCCAAUCCAGCAAGUUUCCUUCAGUACGUCUCAUAUUUCUCAACCUAGAAAGGAAUCUAUUCACCUAUCAUCUUUCCCUGGUACUACUAUUACCACAAAAUACAAAAAGGUUGCGUAUGACUCCACCGAAAUUCAAGAUGCGUACAAAGCUCAAGAGUAUUUGCCUCCAGUUGUAUCCACGGUCACUCCAAUAGUAUCAUCAACAUUUACUCCUAGCUAUUCCACUGUAUCUUCAACAAAGGAAUAUUUGCCUCCAAUCACUAAAGAAUAUUUGCCACCGACUUCAAAAGAAUAUUUACCUCCGGCUACAACUCCUGAAGUAACUAUCGAGUACAGUACCCCAAAAUAUUUGCCUCCUAAAGUAGAAAAUACUUACCUGCCUCCAUCAACACGAAAAACUAUAUAUAAGUCAACUACACAAAGACCUACAGUGUACGUUAAAUCAACGACGGAAUACAAUGCCCCCGAAUAUUUGCCGCCAGCAAAGGAAAGUAGUGCCCAAGUAGUAAAUUUUGAAAGCUUUGGAUACAAGGAGCAAUCUGCUGAUGCUCAGAUUGGAUACAAUCCCUACGAAGAAUAUACAGUUUCAACUUCAUCUCCAACGCCAAGAAAAUCUAAUAUUAUCGUUCAGACUGCAAAAUCAAACUUGCUCGGUUUUGGCACAGUGGGACCCGAUGCAGGAUUAGUCUCUGAAGUUGCUUAUACAACUUCAAAGCCAAUAGUAGUGUCUAGCACUAGUAUUCCGUACCGAUAUAUAGAAUCCACUACACAAUAUCAAGCCCCAGAAUAUUUGCCACCUACAGAAGAGACUAAAAUUCUUAGAAAACAAAACAUAGUAGUGCAAACUGCUAAGUCACAGUUAGGAUAUGGUACUGUUGGUUCAGAUACUGGGUUAGUAUCUUCCUCAUCUUACACCACGUCGCAACCAAUUGUAUCUAGCUCUGAGUCAUAUUCAUUAUCACCAAAGAUAGUUUCUUCUACUUAUUUACCUGUGAAACAAGAAAUUGUAGAAGUAACUCCAGUGCCUGUUAGAAGGACUAAACCGAAGGUAGCUGUUGUUACAAAAAUUAAUGAUUUCAACCCACUUUUAGUUAGAAAACUUGGAGCUGUUUGUAGCUGUCAAUCUCCAGUUCUUGUUUUAAAAGGAAAGAGACCAAGUGUUAAAAUACAACAAGACUUUGACGACUAUAGCAACGAAUAUGACGAUUCUGGACGAGGAGACAUCAGCAGUGCUCAAUUUGGAAGAAAGACAUCAGCAACUAUAACGUCCGCACCAAUUGUAACUUCAACAUACAAUCCAAUUAUCGUUCCUGAUGAUUCUUAUUAUCAAGAUUAUCAAGAAUCAAGUAAUGAUGAACCAGUAGUAUUACCCAAGAAUAACGCAGUAUAUUCCGAGAGAUAUGUAUCAAGUACUCCGGCUGUGAUUUUAUCAACUGAAAAAACAUUAAGAAUACGCCCAAGAGUUAAGGCUGUGACUGUCGCCCCUACUUACAAAACAGUAUUAUUGAAUCAAGAAGUAGCACCCACGGCAGAGUUGAAGGCAGAGUCUGCUGAUAGUAAUAUUAAUUCUCAAGCAUUUGACAGAUAUGGUCCAGGUGGUUGGAGAAGCAGAGAUGAGACUUUGCAAGGCUCUGUAGACUGUCAGAGAGCUGGUCUGUUCCGUCAUCCAAAACAAUGUAACAAGUUUUACGCUUGUAGAUGGGACUGUACUAAACAAAGAUUUACGCUUCAUGUUUUCAAUUGUCCUGUUCAAUUAAGUUUCGAUCCGACAUUAGGCGCAUGUAACUGGCCCAGCCAGGGACCUGCUUGCCAAGGCGAUACACUUCUCACAAAUACUCUUUAAUUGAAUAAAAUAGGAUGCUAUUUCGAAUCUCGUUCGUGCCAUCAAAAUUGUGAUUAAGGAACACGAAUUUUUAUGACUCUCUAAUGGACGAAAUGAUAAUGUUGGUUUGUCUCUCUUUUGUAAUUUUGUAUUGUGUAAGCUUAUUUAUUUGAUCAAUUUGUUGUUAUUUUCUAGUUAUUUAUUAUUAAUUUUGGACUUUUUCGCUUUUAGUUUGCUAAGCACCAUUAUCUGCAUCAUUCAUAAAACAUAAGUUACCAUUGUCUAGUUCAUCUAUUACGUUUUGUUAAAAUACGUAGUGAAGUCAUUCUUCUGUACUUUCUAAAAUAAAUGUAGUAAUAUGCCCAUGCUACAUUUUGUAAAUAUAUAAUUUUAU